AUGAACGGCCACGAUGCGCCCAAGACUCUGACUCACCUUUUCCGCAGUCAGUCGAGGACUGCACCAGCCCUCAUUAUCCCGACCGAGCCCGCUGUCACCGUUUCUCACGCAGAUCUGCAUGAUCAUAUUGGCCAGCUUCAAGGCGAGCUUGCGAAACUCGGCAUCCAGCAUGGCUCUGCUGUGUCCAUAGCUCUACCCAACUGCCUUGAGCUUAUCGGAGUAUUUCUGGCAGUGACGUGGCAGCGUGGCAUUGCAGCUCCUCUCAAUCCUGGCUACAAGCAGGACGAAGUCGAAUUCUACAUUGGCGAUCUUGGCUCGGAUCUCCUGGUCAUACCACAAGGUGCAUUCGAGAAAGGUGGGCCGGCAGUGAAGGCGGCUCGGACCUAUGAAGCGGCCAUCGCAGAGUGCUAUUGGAACGGCAAGAAGAUUGUCCUUGAUGUGAAAGAUUGCGGGAAGCUUGGGAGCCGGGACAGCCAGGAUGUUCUAGAGGCGGAGGAGGAUGAUGUCGGGCUAGUGCUUCACACAAGUGGCACGACAGGUCGUCCUAAGGCAGUCCCGUUGACGCAUGCAAAUCUCCUGGCGUCCAUUGAGAGCAUAUGCCGGACAUAUGAGCUGUCGCCCAAUGACCGCACAUUGCUAGUCAUGCCUCUUUUCCAUGUUCACGGUCUUCUAGCUUCCUUCUUGUCACCACUUUAUUCCGGCGGCUCCGCAGUUGUGCCAUCUCGUCUCGAACCAUCCUUUUGGCAGGUGUUCGCGCAGCACAAAGCGAACUGGUAUACUGCUACGCCUUCAAUGCAUCGAUUGAUCCUGCAGUUUCCACCUCCGGACCCACUUCCAAAGAUCCGCUUCAUACGCUCAUGCUCUUCACAGCUGGCACCUGCCCUGUUCCACAAACUGGAAGAGGCCUUUAAAGCUCCGGUGCUCGAGUCAUACGCCAUGACCGAGGCAGCUCACCUCAUGUGCUCCAACCCACUCCCACCUGGGAAACACUAUCCCGGGACCGUGGGUCCGGCUCAAGGUGUAGAGCUCCGCAUUCUCGACGCUGAUGGGAAAGAGGUACAGCAAGGUGGUGUGGGUGAAGUGUGCAUCCGGGGUGCUAGUGUGACCAAGGGCUAUCUCAACAAUGAGGAGGCAAACAAGUCCUCCUUCACGAAAGACAGAUUCUUCCAGACUGGAGAUCAAGGAAAGGUCGACGAGGAUGGGUAUUUAACACUAACGGGACGAUUGAAGGAAAUGAUCAACAAAGGCGGCGAAAAGAUCUCUCCAGUCGAAAUCGACAACGUUAUAUCUCAGCACGAGGCAGUGGCAGAAGCCGUGAGCUUCGCCAUUGAUGACGAAGCAUACGGUCAGGAAGUCGGAUGCGCUGUCAAAGUGGCAGAAGGCCAGAGUCUAGACUCACGGGAGCUCAAGAAGUGGGUGGGCGAGAAGCUGGCUGCGCACAAAGUGCCGAAAAAGAUAUGGUUUCCCGAUGAGAUCCCGAAAACGGCGACCGGAAAGGUGCAGAGAAAGCUUGUUGCUGAGAAAAUGGCGAAGUCCUGA